AACUCCACAUAUUCAAAAAGGAUCGGGCGGGUUCAGAAAACGAAAGCAUGACAAUUUUCCACAUGGUCAAAGAAGAGAGGAAAAGGAGAAUGUUAAUCCAUCUUCAGCUAUGAUGAUGUCUUUUAAAUCAUUUCAGCUGGAGCUUGACACCAGGCAUGAUAAAUAUGAACGGCUUGUGAAGCUCAGUCGUGAUAUAACUAUUGAAAGCAAAAGAACAAUAUUUCUGCUCCACAGGUUUACCAGUGUUCCCAAUGGGGAAGAAAUACUAAAUGAAUCUGAAGUCAAGCUAGAUGCUGUCCGACGGAAGAUUAAGCAGGUUGCACAAGAACUGAUUGGAGAAGACAUGUAUCAGUUCCACAGAGCUAUAUCUCCAGGACUUCAAGAAUAUGUUGAGGCAGUCUCAUUUCAGUAUUUUAUCAAAACACGAUCUUUGAUUAGUGUUGAAGAGAUCAACAAACAACUAAUAUUUACAGCGGAAGACAGAGAAGAAACAACAAACACGACCUCCAAUUCCCAUGAUAAACAACCACACACUUGGAGCCUGAAGGUAACGCCUGUAGAUUACCUGCUGGGAGUGGCUGAUCUAACUGGAGAGCUGAUGCGGCUGUGCAUCAGCAGUGUUGGAAACGGUGACAUAGACACGCCUUUUGAACUGAGCCAGUUCUUAUGUCAGAUUUAUGAUGGUUUUACUUUCAUUGGCAACACUGGACCUUACGAAGUAUCUAAGAAGCUGUAUACCUUGAAACAGAGUCUGGCAAAAGUAGAGAAUGCCUGCUACACAUUAAAAGUACGGGGAUCCGAAAUCCCAAAGCACAUGCUGGCUGAUGUGUUCUCCACCAAAACGGAAUUGAUUGACCAAGAGGAGGGCCUUUCUUAAAAUAAGGAGACUGUCGCAACUCAGAAAGGAAGAGGACUUAGAGAAAGAUUUUAGUUAUGGUUUGUGGGGUUUUGACUCUUCUCAAAGCUUUUUAGGUAGAGACAUUUUUAGUUUUAUCUAUGAGAAGAUUGUUUGCAGUGGUAAUUUGUAACCAAAAAUACUUUUUAUGAUGUGCAAGAGAACAGAUGUUUGACUUUGUCCUCUCGGUAUGGAAUUUCCUGUAUUGCUCCAUUGUAUCUUCUUUCAGAAUGGCCAAAAUUUCCACUGUGCUCUACACCAGUGACUGCCAGUUCUGUGAGUCACCUCAAACUGUUGUGGUUGCUGUUAUCAGUUUUCAGCAAGCACAGCAGUGGAAAAAGAAAUGGUUAGGUACUGUUAUUUAGCAUUAUCCAUAGGUUUCUGCUGACACCUGUUUUCUGAAUAUUUGGGUGCUAUAUUCAUGUCAUACCCAAAACAAUGCACCUAUAUAUGUGUAAAUUCAUCCCUUGACUUGAAACUGAGGUGGUCUCAAAGGUGACAUGUAACUUAAGUUUUCACUGAUUAAUGCUUUUGAGCAUGAAACUGAAGCUCAGUCAACUUUUCAACAAUUGAUAAUGAAGCUAAUUACACCAGG